AUGCCCUCUCGCCAGUCCCCCAUCGCGUUCUCCUCGGCCUCGCCCACCUCCUCCAUUUUCAAAAAGAAGAAGCAAGCCUCCACGCCGUCCACCGCCGCGUCGUACCUCUCCGCCGUCUCCCAGGCUGACGCACGCGCGCGUGCGCACGGCAACACCCCCAUGUCCACCCCCGCGCUCUCCAUGUCCUCUUCCAUCACGACUUCGUCCGAGGACACGGUGCUCAACGACAGCAAUGAGCUCUUUGGCGACGCGCUGUCAUACCCCCUCACGCCCCCAACGUCGGAGCAGGUCUUCACCACCGUACACUCCGAGUUCGGUCACUGCGGGAACGAGCAGUACCGGUACACGUCGCAGCACCGGGCGGGGACGGAGUACAAGAGCAUCCCGGAGCAGGACCCGCCGUACUACAUCCUCCUCACCACCUACAUCAGCUACAUCAUCGUCAUCUGUCUCGGCCACGUCCGGGACUUCCUGGGCAAGCGGUUCCGUGCUGCGAGCUACAGGCAUUUACUGCCCUACGAUGGGUAUGCCGCGUUGAACUCGGACUUCGACUCGUUCUACACGCGUCGUCUGAAGCUCCGCAUCGACGACUGCUUCUCGCAUCCCACCACGGGCGUCCCCGGACGCACCAUCAUGCUCCUCGACCGCUACUCGCCCAACUACAACAAGACGAUGAUCCCGACCGGCACCAAGACCCGGGGGCUCAACAUCUCGUCCUACAACUACCUCGGGUUCGCGCAGGGCCGGGGUGGGUGCGCGGACGCGGUUGAGGCGAGCAUCGAACGGUACGGUGUUACCGCGGGCGCGGAGGCGCUGAUCGCGCGCUUCCUCGGUACGGAUGACGCGCUCGUCAGCUCGAUGGGCUUCGCGACCAACUCGACGAUCAUCCCCGGUAUCGUGGGCAAGGGCAGCCUCGUCAUCUCGGACGAGUUGAACCACGCGUCGAUCCGGUACGGUGUGCGGCUGAGCGGGGCGAGCGUACGGACGUUCAAGCACAACAACAUGAAGGCGCUCGAGAGCCUGCUCCGGGAGGUCAUCAGCCAGGGCCAGCCCAAGACGCACCGGCCGUGGAAGAAGAUCUUGCUCAUCGUUGAGGGUCUGUACUCGAUGGAGGGCACACUUGCGAACCUGCCGGCCAUCCUCGAGCUCAAGAAGAAGUACAAGUUCUACCUUUUCAUCGACGAGGCACAUUCGGUUGGCGCCAUGGGCCCGCGCGGCCGGGGCAUGACGGACUAUUUCGGCAUCAACCCCAAGGACGUAGACAUUCUGAUGGGCACCUUCACCAAGUCCUUCGGUGCGGCCGGCGGGUACAUUGCGGGUCGCAAGGACGUCAUCGACCGCCUCCGUCUGCAAGGCCACACUGGGACGUACUGUGAAGCCAUGACGCCCCCGGUGCUCACGCAGAUCAUCGCGUCCAUGGCCAGUAUCAUGGGUAUCACCAUGCCCGCUGAGAAGCCGUCUUCCCCUCUCUCUCCCGCCCUUCCCGCGUGGAUGCCGCUCGUACCGUCCAUGAUCGACGGCAGCGACGGUGUCAUGCGUCUCCGCCGGCUCGCGUUCAACGCACGGUACCUCAACCGUGCCCUCCGACUUCUCGGCUUCAUCACCUACGGCCACGACGACUCGCCAGUCGUUCCUCUCCUCCUGUUCCAUCCGGGCAAGAUGGCGGUCUUCAGCCGCAUGAUGCGCACCCGACAAGUGCCCAUCGUUGUCGUCGUCGUCGCUUACCCGGCGACGCCCCUCAUCACCUCCCGCAUCCGGUUCUGCCUCUCGGCUGCGCACACGAAGGAGGACGUCGACACGCUCCUCCGUGCGUGCGACGAGAUCGGUGACAUCCUCGACCUUAAGCAGGCUACGGGCGAGCGCCGGCCGGUCGAGGAGAUCAUCAGCCGCGCGGUGGAGAUCGUCAACAUGGACGAGAUGCCUUAG